AUGAGAAGCCCGCUCCCCUUGCUCCUUUUCUCCCUGGUUGCCCUUUGCGGGCGAGGGGACUGCCACGUGGCCAACGCAGAGGAGAAGCUCAUGGAUGACCUCCUGAACAAAACCCGCUACAACAACCUGAUCCGCCCAGCCACCAGCUCCUCAGAGCUCAUCUCCAUCCAGCUGCAGCUGUCCCUGGCGCAGCUCAUCAGUGUGAAUGAGCGAGAACAGAUCAUGACCACCAAUGUCUGGCUGAAACAGGAAUGGACAGACUACCGCCUGGCCUGGAACAGCUCCCGCUAUGAGGGUGUGAACAUCCUGAGGAUCCCCGCAAAGCGCAUCUGGCUGCCUGACAUCGUGCUUUACAACAAUGCCGACGGUACCUACGAGGUGUCUCUCUAUACCAAUGUGGUGGUCCGCUCCAGUGGAAGCAUCAUGUGGCUGCCCCCGGCCAUCUACAAGAGUGCCUGCAAGAUCGAGGUGAAGCACUUCCCCUUUGACCAGCAGAACUGCACCCUCAAGUUCCGCUCUUGGACCUACGACCACACAGAGAUCGACAUGGUCCUCAAGUCACCCACGGCCAGCAUGGAUGACUUCACCCCCAGUGGUGAAUGGGACAUAGUUGCCCUCCCUGGGCGAAGGACGGUGAACCCGCAGGACCCCAGCUACGUGGACGUGACUUACGACUUCAUCAUCAAGCGCAAGCCGCUCUUCUACACCAUCAACCUCAUCAUCCCCUGCGUGCUCAUCACCUCCCUGGCCAUCCUCGUCUUCUACCUGCCCUCCGACUGCGGUGAGAAGAUGACGCUGUGCAUCUCCGUGCUGCUGGCGCUCACCGUCUUCCUGCUGCUCAUCUCCAAGAUCGUGCCGCCCACCUCCCUCGACGUGCCGCUCAUCGGCAAAUACCUCAUGUUCACCAUGGUGCUGGUUACCUUCUCCAUCGUCACCAGCGUCUGUGUGCUCAAUGUGCACCACCGCUCACCCAGCACUCACACCAUGGCGCCCUGGGUCAAGCGCUGCUUCCUACACAAGCUGCCCACUUUGCUUUUCAUGAAGCGCCCUGACAGCAGCCCCUUCAGGGCCCCCCAGCCCAGCCAGGCUCACCUGACCAAGUCCAAGGCCGCCACCACCGCCUCGGCCAUGGGCCCCGCCAGCUCCUCCAACCUCUACGGGAACUCCAUGUACUUUGUGAACCCUGCCUCUGCUGCUCCCAAGUCUCCAGCCGGCUCUGACUCAGCGGGUAUCCCCAGGGAUUUCCGGCUGAGGUCUUCUGGGAGGUUCAAGCAGGAUGUGCAGGAGGCUUUAGAGGGUGUCAGCUUCAUUGCCCAGCACAUGAAGAGUGACGAUCAGGACCAGAGUGUCAUUGAGGACUGGAAGUACGUGGCCAUGGUGGUGGACCGGCUGUUCCUGUGGGUGUUCGUGGUUGUGUGCGUGCUCGGCACUGUGGGGCUCUUCCUACCUCCCCUCUUCCAGACCCACACGCCUUCUGAAGGGCCCUAG